AUGGCCAACAACUUCCCCGAUGAAAGGGUUGUGUACCUCGCGCUGAAAGAAAUCUUCAAAGGAGCCGACGCGCAGGUUCGCAAGGCCAAAAAGGUGCGCGAGAUCGUCCAGAAGGCGCGAAACAGCAUCGAUGUGAGAGAUCUGAUCCAACAACACAAUAUUGAAAAUGUCUGCAGUGUAAUAAAAACACUUCUCGAAAAGCAGAUCUUUGAAUCUACUCUGAAGGCGAAGAUUCGCUUCCCUGAAGUUUUCGAGAUUUCUCCCGCCCAGAGCGCUGAACGGUCUGCUUCGGAGGCAGAGGCCGCAAGAUUAGAGGCCGACGCCAUCAAAUCUGCUUCCGUAUACCAGAAUGGCAACACGGCCACUGGAGACAGCCACCAUGUGCACUUGUUCGGCGACAAAGCAUCGCGGACUGAUCUCCACGAGGCGCGAACGGCUCUUCGCAAGCGGCCAUUUCCACAGACCAGCGUCCAAGUCCCCCCCCUCUAUCCAGUAUAUCUGCCAUAUCAAACACAGCAUCGGUUGCUAUCAAAGGUGCAGGGUAUUCUCGAAAAUGCCUGCUACGACUUUGGGUCACGAGAAAUGAAGGACAUCAUUGAAAAAGAAGGUUGGGAUUGCCCGGAAUGUGUCGAAUUGAACGUGUGGGCCCGCACGCUUCUCGUCAAGAAGGAUCUUUUUCCUCCUGUGGAUCUAGAAAACUUGGGACAACAAUUCUCCGAGCUCACCAACUCUAUCAGUCAACUCCGUCAUACAGUGGUUCAUCGGCUUCGGAUUAAUGCUAACGGACUGGAGCGGUUUCUGGCCGAUGCCGAAGCUCUCACGAAAUUACUUCACGAUGACAACAGCACAAGAUCAUUAGCACGACUCCGGAGGGAUACGCAAACUAGCAUCGAUGAACUGAAACGGAACAAGGAUCUCCUUGAAUCGAGACUCAAUUUGAAAUUGAAACAAAUUUCGGAUCAGAGGCUCGAACUGGAUCGGCAUGAGCAAUCGGUUGUGGACGAGAUGUUGAAGGCAGACAAAGAGUAUUAUCUUCUGGCCGGUGGUACCUUGGACGAAGCUAUACAAUCCUGUGAUACGGCAAUACGAAUUUCUGCGCCGGCAGAGAUUGCAUCGAGGUCUGAAAGCGAUUGCGAGGAUGAUCUCUCCACUUGA